AUGGGAUUUUUCAACGAUAAUCCGGUGAUUGAAUUCUUUCACAGAAUAACGAGAAAACCCAGUACCAUUGCGAUGUGGGUGUUUGCUGGCCUGAUUUGCUCAAGUACAUUUUAUUUAAUGUUCAUGUCAUCACCCACAAUUGACUUCAACUCAAAGAGUAAGAGAAAAGAUGAUAAAUAA